GGGAAGUCCGGCUCUACAACAUAGAUUCAAAAACUACCACAUACAAGCUUCGGCUCUCUUCUACCAUUCAGUUCUGUUUUGCACCUUUGAGCAAACUCAAGGCAGGGCUCGUUUCAGGCACGUGCACCGAGGGGGCCCAAAAAAGUUCGAAGGCAAUACACCCAGCGUAGCGUACUUGAAGCAACCUCCAGGUUUUUACGUCCUCUCUUUCACCAGAUCAACCUACCAACAAUCCACAAUGGCCAAGUCUAUGCGAUCCAAGGUCAAGCGCUCUUUCCGUGCCACCAAGCGUGCGGACCCCAACUCCGUCUUCUUCAAGCAAGAAGUCGCCCGUGAACUCCGCCUCGCCAAGAAGCUCGGUACCGCCGACAUCGCCGCCGCAGAACCCACCAACAACGACGAGAACACCAUGGAAGUGGACGGUGGUGAUGCUACAGCAAAUGCUGAUGAACAAGCUACCGACUCCGCUGCCGCAGACGUCGAGAUGAAGGCUCCCGAGAAGAAGAUCAGCACGUCUGGUCCCCGAGGUUCGAGAAAAGAGGAAUGGAAGGGUAUGAAGAAGACGAAGGGAGGUAACAAGAAGACCAUCGGUUUCGCUGGAUCUAAGAAGAAGAGAAACUAG